CCUUUUUGCUACAAAAAAACAGUAUGACAGCAAAUUUAAAUCCGGUUAUGUUACGGUUUCCGAACGUGUCUUGUAGUAUUAUCCUACUAAAUUAGAAAGCAGUGAUGAGUUUGGAGAUAUAAGAGAGAGUCGUAUAUUUCUACACGUGUGCGAGUGAGAUGUACUACGAGAAAUUUUGCGACUAUGUACAUUUAAUUUUGCAGCGUGGUUGUAAUGUGAUUUCGCCCGAGCAACCCAUUGCAACCCAUAAAACGACGCUUUUAUGUGAAAAUCCUGUAAUUAUUGAUAAUGCAGCUUUAAUUUCGCCUUAAACGCGAUCAAACCGUAAACCAGCGAUGCUUUCUGUGAUACUAAAGGCAGACAUUCUUCGUGUUAAGUUUGAAAACUAGUGCUCCGUGUGCAGAGUUCCGUGAAGCGCAGGGCAUUUUAAUUGCCCUUCGUGAUUUGAUUAGUGUUAGUGCAGGAAGAAUGUGGCUGUGGUUGCAGAGGGUCGCUGAUGGGUGAGUCGCACGAUGGAGACGGAAUCCGUGCGCUCUGAGCUGAGCAGUCGGUCGCGGCGGAGCUCGAGACAUCGGCAGCACACGCACAGGAGUACCCGAAGUUCAAAAUCACAGAGAAAAGAUAGCAGUGACAUAAUGGCUCCCUUCCAAACUAGCGUUAACAUCAACCCAGAGACUGGCCGGGAUGGCCAAGAAGUCAUCGAAGUCCAGAUUCUUCCACAAGAUGAGAACUGGGGUGAAAACACAACUGCUGUCACAGGAAACACAUCGGAAGGCUCACAAUCCAUGGAGGAUGUCAGCAACUGGCCCAUAGAGUCCGAUAGUGGGAUCGGAUUCAUGUGCUCCAGAUAUUUUGGGACCACUGUUGCUCUAGGGCUUUCUUUUGUAUCCUUCGUGAGCCCGUUAGCUAUGGUUGUAUUACCAAAGAUCGGAUUCUUUCCUGGACUGACUGAUAACAUAGCAAUACAACCAAGCCAAAGAAUGCAGCUUUUAUCAUGUACUGCAGAAUGCAAAGGGAUCCUACUCUCUUUAGCGUUUAAAUUAGUUUUACUUGCCGUAGGAGUAUGGGCAGUGUUCCUAAGGCCUCGCAAUGCAAUUCUGCCAAGAAUAUUUGUCUUUAGGGCUACAACUUUAGUAAUUCUCGCAGUUUGCACAUUCUCAUACUGGCUUUUCUACAUUGUACAAAUUACCGAAGCCACUAAAGCGUUAGCUUUAGGUGAAGAAGCAGUAGAUUACAGUGCUUUAGUGUCCUACGUAUCAAGUUUUGCUGACACGCUGCUAUUUAUACACUACAUAGCCGUAAUACUCAUGGAGAUUCGUCACCUAGAGCCAGUGUAUUACAUAAAGAUAGUCCGGAGCCCUGACGGAGAGAGCAAGUCCUACUGUAUAGGGCAGCUCAGCAUCCAGCGGGCGGCUGUGUGGGUACUACAGAAGUAUUAUACUGAGUUCCCGAUAUACAAUCCUUAUUUGGAGAAGAUUCCUAUUUCAAAGUCACAAAGGAAACAAUCCAGCAUAAAAUUUUACGAGGUCGAUGGCAACUCGACGACGCAAGCGCCGCGCUCUACCGCGGGCUCCUGCUCGGGCUCCCGGCGCCGCGACUCGGGCUCCGCGCACAACGAGCGCUACUAUGAGGAGGCGGAGCGCGAACGCCGAGUCCGCAAGCGCCGCGCGCGGUUGUUGAGCGCCGCUGAGGACGCUUUCGCUCAUGUACGGCGCGUGCGCGUCGCGGCCGCCAACGGAGCCCUAGGGCCGAGGGAAGCUGCUCAAGCUGUGUUCCCGUCAUUAGCGCGCGCCCUGCAGAAGUACCUGCGCGCGACCCGGCAGCAGCCGCGGCACUCGGCCGAGGCCGUGCUGCAGCAGCUCGCCGCCUGCCUCGCGCGCGACGCCUCCCCGCGCGCCUUCCUCGAGCCCUUCCUCGUGGAGGCGCCCGUGCUGGCGGCCGAGCACGAGGCGAGGCCGGUGCAGCGCUGGGCGCUCAUCUCCGACGACUUGCUGGCCAGACCGCUGGCCGACAACCAGGAGUUCCAGCUGAGACAAGGUGACAUCUCCCUAAUCUGCUCCAUCCGCCAGCUCCCGAAGUUCAACAUCUCGGAGGAGGUUGUGGACCCCAAGAGCAACCGAUUUGUCCUGCGACUCAACUCCGAAACAUCUGUCUGACAGGAGCUGUGGCCCGACAGGCUGGUAUGACAUGAGGAAUUCAUUUAGACUUGCUAAAGGCACCUUUUUCUAAUGCCGAAGCAAUUUUACAUAUAAUAAUAAAUAAAUAUUAUAGGACAUUCUUACACAGAUUGACUAAGUCCCACGGUAAGCCCAAGGAGGCUUGUGUUAUUAUGGGUACUCAGACAACGAUAUAUAUAAUAUAUAAAUACUUAAAUUGAAAGAUGACUCAGGAACAAAUAUCUGUGCUCAUCACACAAAUAAAUGCCCUUACCGGGAUUCGAACCCAGGACCAUUGGCUUCACAGGCAGGGUCACUACCCACUAGGCCAGACCGGUCGUCCCUAUUAGACCCUAAGUCCAAUCAGUUCUUAUUGUGGUUAAAGUAAAAAACUUGCAUCUGACAGUUGCGGUCUGAUAGGCUGGUAUGACAUGAGGAAUUCAUUUAAGCUUGCUAGAGGUAUUUUUAUCAGCUUCAUGCCUAAGCCAAACCAUUUUGUACUGUGGUCUGUGGUUAAAAUCAGAAACCGGUUUACAGAUGUUGUCAGACAGGCUGAAAUAACAUGAAGAAUUCAUUUAAGAAGAGAUUUCUUUUCACUCACUCCUAAGCAAACGCCAUUAGAAAUGCCUGCCACCUGGACGCCAAGGCUCGGAACCGGUUUAAAAAUACCGGUUUAUUUCGGUUAUCCUCCGAACUUUCAUAAGAACGCGAACGUUUUAAGAACUUUAUUGGUACCUUAAUAAACCGGUUUAUUCGACGAGCGACUUAACGCGCGGCCGACUUGGUGGUGUGCCGCGUAAAUAAAGACACCGACAUAGGAAUAAACCGGUUUUUAUUGUUCUAAACCUGUUAAUCUGACAAGAACACUCACCACCUGUCACUACCCGUGAGUUCCUAUAAUUGGCUUCCUGUAUCUACUUUAAUUUUUAUGUUAAUGUCACAGCUGUUGGAUCUUCAAAUAAAUUAAAUCAAAUAAGAACUUUAUGGAAAUGUUCUCCUAAAACCGGUUUAAAAAUAACAGUUUUACAAGCGAAACCGAAAUUAAAAGGUUUUGCGCCAAGUACGUCAUAACGGUUUGGAAAUUUAACCGGUUUCGAGCCUUGCUGGACGCGGUUAUGGGCGUUUUCAUUGAAACAUGUAGGUACCUAAGUACCUACCUAUUACUUUCUUUGAGCAUUGAUAGUUUAUAUGAAAAAAAAGAGAUGGUCUGCUCAACGACAAAUAUAAAUGAGAUUAUCAUUCGCUCCCUAGAGAAUAUGUUGAUAAAAUGUGUGUGAAAUUAAAAGAUAGUUAAGAAGAAGGCAAAAUGCUUCAUAGCUGUAUUAAAUAACUGGGGACAAAUUUUGAAGUUCAAAUAUUUGUCCCAUUUUAACUUUUCUAUCAAAAUCUUGUAAAAUUUACCUAAUAAGAUUGAUUAUGAAUAAUGAUACUUAACUGCUUGGAAUAAAGUCUGAUGUUUCAACGCCGCGCAUAUUUUAGACGCCAUUUUGUAACAAUGCAUUUAAAUGUAAACUUAAAUUAAUUUCGUUAUUGAUAUGUACAUUUUUGUGUCAUAUUUUAGUAUAAUAUAGUCGUAAGGUUAUGCACAAAUUUUACAUUAUUGUAAGUAGGCUAGAUUUUACGAUUCCAGUGAUGGUUUGCCUUUUAUUUGAUAUUUAGUAUGAUUAUUAGAAAAAUAAUAGACCCCAGAACCAGAUAAACUGGGUAGAGGGACAGGCAAAGAAGAAGAAAAUUAGGAAAAUAAUGCCUAGGCUUUUUAAACUAGGUUGAAUAUAAAAAUUAAGAUAUCACCGCCGAAUCACAAAAAACUGGACAUGAAUGAAUACAUACGUAUCUCAUAUACCCUUUUAUAUAAUCUUUGUAUGAAUAAUAUCUUCUUCUUCUUCCUGCCCUUAUCCCACGUUAUGUGGGGUCGGCACAACAUGUUUUUCUCUUCCAUUCUCCUCUAUCUUUCGUCACCUCAGCACUCACUCCUUUCUUUCUCAUAUCCUCUUUCACACAAUCCAUCCAUCGCUUUUUGGGUCUACCAUACGCUCUCCGUCCAUCAACAUUCAUCCCUAACAUUCUUUUGCCUAUAUGGCAUUCAUCCCUCCUCAUCACAUGCCCAUACCACGCUAACCUACUACUUCUUAUCUUCUCCGUUACUGGUGCUACUUUCAAACUUCCCCUAAUAUACUCAUUCUUAAUCCGAUCCUUUCUCGUCACUCCACACAUCCAUCUCAACAUCCUCAUUUCCGCUGCGUGCACUCUUCUUUCAUCCGUCACUUUCAUCGCCCAGCAUUCUGAUCCAUACAUUACAACAGGUCUCACGAUCGUCCUGUAAAUUUUCCCCUUAAGUUUAAGAGGCAUUCGUGGAUCGCAAGUUGUUCCAGAGACCUGUCGCCAUUUUAUCCAUCCCGCAUUUAUUCUAUUUUUCACGUCACGGUCUAUGCGUCCGUCGCCCUGGAUCAAUGACCCAAGGUACCGGAAGUCGGGGCAGACUGGUAGGGAUACACCAUCUAAGGCAAUAUGGGAAAAACUGGAUAGACCACCGAAAUCGCAGAACAUGUGCUCCGUUUUGGUUCUGCUUAUUUUCAGUCCCACACUUUCCAGCUUUUGUUGCCAUUUUACCAGCCUGCUCUGGACCUCAAGUGCAUUAUCUCCGACAAGAACAAUGUCAUCGGCAAACAGCAUACACCAGGGUGCCUCCUCCUGUAUGUUCGAUGUCAGAGCAUCCAUAACCAGGAGGAACAAAUAUGGACUUAAAGCCGAUCCCUGGUGUAAACCUACCGCCACAUUGAACUUGUCGGUUACUCCAGCUUCAGACCUGACGUGAGUACUGGCUCUAUCAUACAUCGCCUGAACAAGCCUCACAUACUUCUCUGGCAUUCCUUUCUCUCUCAUAGACCACCACAGAACCUUACGGGGGACUCUAUUGUAUGCCUUUUCCAGGUCCACGAACACCAUGUGCAAGUUCUUUUGCGCAUGUCUGUAUUUUUCGCACAGUUGGCGAAGUGCAAAUAUGGCGUCCGUAGCUCCCCGGCCCGGCAUAAACCCAAAUUGGUUCUGUGUUACCUCACUUUCUUCUCUCAUUCGUCUCGCUACCACUUUUUCCCAUAUCUUCAUACUAUGUGACAUGAGCUUUAUUCCUCGAUAGUUGUUGCAAUCCUGUACAUCACCCUUAUUCUUAAAAACGGGCACCAGUGAACUGUUGCACCAUUCAUCAGGGAUUUCCUCUUCUUGCAACAACUGAUUAAAGAAUAGAGUCAGCCACUUCCAUCCAUCCGCUUUCAGAAACUUCCAUACUUCCACAGGUAUACCAUCUGGCCCAACCGCUUUCCCAUUCUUCAUACCUUGCACGGCCAUUUUUACUUCUUCUAUAGUGAUCUCUUUCACCAUACCAAUGUUAUUUCUAGCAUUUUCUAGCACUCCACUCCAAUCAUUCUCUUCGUUCAUAAGUUUACUAAAGUAGUUCUUCCAGCGUUCUUCUAUGCUCUUGUUAUCCGUCAAAAUCUUUCCUGCUUCGUCUCUCAUACAUUUCAUAUGAUUUAUAUCUCUUGCAUUCCUCUCUCUCUCUCUUGUUAUUCUGUAAAGGUCUUUUUGGCCUUGUGGGGUCUCAAGGAAAUCGUACAAUUUAUCUUGUACCUUGGCCCUUGCUAUUGCAACUGCUUUUUUAGCCUUCUUCUUACUUGUUAGAUAAGCUGACCUCUUGAUUUCUUUUUCUCUAUCGUUACCCUCUUCCACACUUUUCCAUUCUUUAAAAGCAUUCUUCUUUUCUUUCAGAAUCAUUCGCACAUCUGCAUUCCACCACCAUGUAUCCCUAUCAAUCUUGCCUUUCCCUGUUGUUUCCCCAAAAACAUCCCUCGCCACACUUCUUACACAUACUGCCAUUUCAUUCCAGCAACCAUUCACUCUCAUCUCUGCCAUAUCACCCAUUCCUACCAUCUUAUCGACUAUUCUUUUUCUAAAUUCUUCAGCUAACUCCCUGUCACUCAAUCUAUACCAUUUCGUUCUAGGUGGGGGCUUCGAGUUCUUUUGCAAACGUUGUACUUUAAGAUUUAAGUCUAGAAUCAGUAACCUAUGCUGGGAAACUAGGCUCUCACUGGGUACUAUUUUGCAGUCCUUAGCCAAAUGUAUUUUACUCCUUCUUAGGAGAAAGUAAUCAAUUUGGGUAGAGUGUUGACCACUACGGUAUGUGAUAAGGUGUUGUUCUUUCUUUUGAUAGUAGGUGUUCACUAUGGCUAAGUCAAAGGCUAAGGCUGCUUCCAGUAGAGCUUCACCCUCUUGAUUUCUGACUCCAUAACCACGGCCCCCAUGCACUCUUUCAUAUCCGUCAUUCAUUCUUCCCACAUGUCCAUUAAAAUCUCCUCCAAUGUAUAUCUCCUCACAUUCUGGUAUUCCCAUAAUUUCCACAUCCAAAUCCUCCCAGAAUUUCUCUUUCAAACUAUCAUCACAUCCAGUCUGCGGUGCAUAUACACUAAUUACAUUUAAAAUCAAGUUUUCUAUCAACAAUUUCACGAUAAUUACUCUAUCAUUCACUCUCUUUACAUCCAUCACCUUGUUCUUAAGCUCCUUAUCUAACACUACCCCCACCCCAUUUCUUUUCCCAUCACUGCCGCAAUAGUAAAACUUAUAACCCGCCCCAAUUUCUCUUGCUUUCCGUCCCUUCCACUUCGUCUCCUGCAGACAUGCCACGUUUAUUCGUCUCCUUUCCAAAACAUCCGCUAACUCUCUUCCUCUUCCAGUCAUCGUACCUAUAUUCCAACUUGCAAUCCUCAGUCUUAUUCCCCGGACUAGCUUCUUACGCUGCCCCCGUCCCUGGUGCAGCAACCCUCGUCCAUUUCUCACAGCCGCCGGGUGCUGCGCCUGCGCGUCGCCUGCGGGGUACGCCCUAGCACUAUCGCAUAUUCUAUUAUCUGUCGCACUCAUGUUGUAUACGAUUUGGCAUAUCUUUUUACGAUCGGCCGCCUGCCUGACAUCAACCCUCCUUGGGAAUCCCUAGUUGACUUAGGUGACUGCCCUCUUACUCCUUUAGUCGCCUUUUACGACAUCCAUGGAUAAGCACGGAGUGGGCUACUCUAUUAUACCAAGACUGCUAAUCUAAGUAUAAUACAAUAUCAUUUCAAAAGACAUUAACUUAAUAUAAAAGUUGUGCCUUUACGAAAAAAAAACAAUACAUUUCCACCAAUCUACAAAACCAGUCAAUAAAAACUAAAAACAUGGAGACUAUAUAAAGGAGCCAAAUCUCUAUGUAUGAAAAGUGUCCAUGAAAAAACAGGAAUUAGGCGGCGCCACCAUACACCGAAAUACUACCAAAAACAACCUACGUAAUUUGGUCGGGUUAUUUGUUGCCUUAUAUGGUUCAUGUUAUACUCAUGUCCCAGAGCCUAACUAGCGCCACCGGAGAGAUUAGGAACUAUUAUUUAAAGCUGAAAGCGGUCACUUUUGCAACAAUUCUGCCAUAAGAGAUUGGCAUCCUUUCUAUACCAUUCAUAACUAAAAAGCUUCAUAUAUCAAUACAAUAUAACUUUAAAGCGUUUAGUAUUUUUGUAUAGUACCUAAUAGUAUAGACUAUAGAGUAAUACCAUAUCAUAGGUUAUUUUAAGCUAUUUAUUCGGCAGGGAGAUUUAUCUAUUGCUAUUGCAAAGGCUUACGCUUACAUAAUGUAAGAUUCAUAGCGUCAUGGCAGCUAAUCUAACCUCAGUCUGCAGCGACUGGACAACGACAAGGUGUACCAGCGCCAUUAUUAUAAACGUUAUUGACAUAGGAAUUGGACGUUCAUAAUGUCGCUUCCACACUGUUUGACAAAUCGAUGCAGAAAUGUCGGAGACGGACUAUAAAAUUUGAUUGAAUAAAAAUAAGGUUUUUGUUCAUAUCAUUUUGAUAUUUUGCUACAAAUAUGAACAAAGUAAAGGAUAUUUAAGGACAGCUAUUAACAUGUAUAUGUAAUUUUUAGUUUAGACUGUUUGAUGUUUUUUUUUCUUCUUUUUCUUAAUUUAUGUAUAACUUUUAUCGCGGCUGGGAUCCGAUGCGAAGACUGCUUUUUAUACAUUUGUACUGUACGAAAAGGUUGUGUGUCUGCGUUAGGUAUAAAACUAAAUUAUGCUAAAUUAAAUAGAUAGUGCAAUUUGAAGUGUAUCCACGAAACACCAAAGAUUGCUUGGUAAUAUUUAACAUAUCGUAAACAAAAUUGGUAUAAUCAUACUAAAUUAACUAUAAUACAUUUUGUAAUCAUUUUAUGUCAACUGAGUGUUUGAACGUCUAAUUUUCAAGGCUAUCUAAUCUUGACCCGACUGUACGGUUAACUUAGUCCCUGGAAGUCAACAAUAAAUUGAUUACUUAUUAAAAUGUAUUUAAAGUGCCUUGACCUCACUUAACCUGUCACAAAUCCUUGCCAGUGAAAUAUUGACUGUAAAAUCAAUGUAGUAGAGUUCAAUUUUCAGUUGUGUUAGUAAAGGACUUUCAACGAAAUAUUCUGUAGUCCAACCAUCAACCAACAGCAUGAAUAGAAAUUAGAAUGAAAUAUCAAUAUAUUUCUCAUAGUAUCUCUGUCAGCUGUGCUUCAGUUGCUUUCUUUAGACCGAUAGACUUAUUAAGAGGUCAAGGUUUUUUGAUACUCGUGUUUUUAAAAUAAUUACAAUUAAUAUUACGGAGAUGCUCAAAACGCAGCCUUAUGUAAAUUGCUUGUGCCUGCUUUAUUAACUAAGGAAGUAAAUAAGAUUGGAUGUGAGUUUUGAUAAAAAAAAGUAGGAAUAAUGAAACAAGAAAUCAAUUUUUAUAAACUAUAAUCAUUAAAUUUAACAUGACUUGUGAAAUUUUUAAAUACAACUAAAGUUUUUUUAAUCAAAGUAACAUUUUGUUUUGCCUCCCUCGCACUAAAACGCGCUAGAGUGAAAGGCAAAACAAAAUGGCCGCAUGACAGAUAUGGACCGCGAGCCAUUUCGUCAGUCAUCGCCACCCGGGCGAAAACUCGUAUAGCGGUUAACGGCUAUGUAUGAUGAACCCACGUGAACGUCAGCUGCCGCUCUGUUGGUGGGUUGAGGAAUGGCAGCAAAUAGUCUAUAAAAAAAUGAUAGUUUAGAUGCUAUUGUUAAUAAAACAAAUCGUCAGCCGGUUGUAUCGCGGUGGAAAGACCGUGUUACGCGUUUCGGUGGUUGCCAUUCCUCAACCCACCAACGGAGCGGCAGCUGACGUUUACGAGGGUUCAUCAUACAUAGCCGUUAACCACUAUACGAGUUUUCGCCCGGGAGGCGAUUGGUCAUGGAAAUCUGUUCCUGGCCUGCGGUUUAAUAGCUUCAUACCGACACAUAGUAUACAGAUUUAGUUUGCAAGUAUCUUUUCGACUAAAGGUACAUAAUAUGGUUUGUUGUAAAAUAAACCGAACCUUAUGUCUAAUUGUAGGUACCGUUUCCCAAAUCUUAAUGCUGCACAAAACAAAUUGUAAAUUUGGUUUAUAAUAACAUAUAUACUUUUUAUUUAACUGUAGAUUGACAGACCUGGGGUCUGUUUUAUAAGAGUACCUAUACAAGCAGAAGAAUCUUUUUUUAAAUUUUCUUUUACCAAUAAAGUUCUGUAUUCUGUAUAACUUAUUUUUUUUUAUGAAUUUGGUUCCCUUCACUUAAUUCCAUGUCUUUGAACAUGUGCAAUGUAAAUUAUUUUUAUUUGUAUGUGUGAAUGAAAGUAUUAUGUUGUAAGUGAAUACUCAUACUGAAUCUCAUUGCACAAAUGUUUGCCUGGAUAGCACAAAGAUUUGAUAUCUCAUUGUAAGACUAUUGUACACUUUUGUAUUUUUAUUAAAUAUAUAAAGUGAUUUUUAA